UGCAAGGAUGAUGGGAUCAAGUGCCUCUGAGGUCAUCUUUAUCUCUGUCAAUCACAACAUCACUUUGAUGGGGAAGGUGUGGCUCAUUGUGAUGAUCUUCCUCCGUAUCCUGAUCCUCCUGUUGGCUGGUUAUCCUCUCUACCAGGACGAGCAGGAGCGAUUUGUGUGUAACACCAUUCAGCCCGGCUGUGCCAACGUGUGCUAUGAUCUAUUUUCUCCCGUCUCUCUCUUCCGCUUCUGGCUGGUGCAGCUCGUCACCUUGUGUCUCCCCUACUUCAUCUUCAUCAUCUACGUGGUCCAUAAGGUUUCGAAUGGCCUCACUCUGGACCUCAACCCCUCGGGUCACACCAAAGCCUUGCCGUUGCUCAAGAUCCACCAGGAGCCGUUCAGCAAGACGUCUGUAAACAAGAUGGCUGAGCGAGGGUGGGCCCGGUGUUUCACAGGAGCCUACAUCCUCCAUCUGUUAUUCAGGACCUUGCUGGAGGCAGGGUUUGGGGUGGCUCACUACUAUCUGUUUGGUUUCUACAUCCCAAGGAGGUUCCUCUGCCAGCAUCCGCCGUGCACCACCCAGGUGGACUGCUACAUCUCCAGGCCAACUGAGAAGUCCGUGAUGCUCAACUUCAUGCUUGGCGUGGCUGCUUUGUCCCUUUUCCUAAACGUGCUGGACUUCUUCUGUGCCAUUAAGCGCUUGGUGAGGCAGAAGAGCAAGAGCAAGAUGAUGGUGGAGAAGAUAUAUGAGGAAGAGCAGUGUUUCCUUUCAGGCAGGGGAGCCUCAAGAGGAAUAGACCCAAACGCUUCACCGGCUAAGAAGGAAAAAGAAGCAGAGGCUGGUCACACAGGGAGUUUCCGGAAAAGGCGAGGAAGCAAGGGCUCUUGUGGAGGUCUUGCUUUAGGUCAGGAACCACCCUGCCUGGAGCGAUCCUCUCUUCCAGGCUCUCCAGGACACUCAGGCUGCAACACCAACGGAAACAAUGGCUACUCUGUUUCCCAAGAGGAAGCUCUGGAAAGGAAUGGCAGUGAGCUGGCUCUCUGCCCCCCAGAGCCAAUGGGGACACCCAGAUCCAUCCGUGUUAGCAAACGCGGUCGACUCAAACCGCCACCUCCGCCAAGACGGGACCUUGGGUCUUCCCCCAGGGAGCCAGUGGGGCUCUUUGGAGACAUUUCCACAGCAACAGCAGUUAGUACCAGAAGGGUGGGUCAGUAUACGCUGGUUGAGCUGGGUAGCGGCGCAGAGCUACAGACCAAUGAUGAAGAGAAAAGAUCGGAGUGGGUGUGA